GGUCCUGUCUCCAGCGGGAGCGCGAGACGCUGGUCAGGCUCCGCGGCGCAGCUCGAAAAGGAAUAAUCGCCCCCAAUUGACUUAAAUUCCGCCGAAGCCGGCGCCGCGGCCGCCCGCCGCCCGGGAUCUGCUCGCUGUGUUUUUUGCUUUCUCCAUUCUUCCUUAAAAAAAAAAAAGCAAAACAAAACCAGCCAACCAGCCAGCCAACCAAGAAUCCGGUUUGUUGAUCGCCUUGGUUUUUUUUUUUUUUUUUCACCGUUUGCGGGAUUUGCAAACCGAGUUACAUGCAUGUCCAGUGGGGGUAGGUUUAAUUUUGACGAUGGAGGGUCCUACUGUGGAGGCUGGGAGGACGGCAAGGCGCACGGCCAUGGCGUCUGCACCGGCCCCAAGGGCCAAGGCGAAUACACCGGCUCGUGGAGCCACGGCUUCGAGGUGCUGGGCGUCUACACCUGGCCCAGCGGCAACACGUACCAGGGCACUUGGGCGCAGGGCAAGCGCCACGGCAUCGGCCUGGAGAGCAAGGGGAAGUGGGUGUACAAGGGCGAGUGGACGCACGGAUUUAAGGGGCGCUACGGGGUGCGGGAGUGCACGGGCAACGGGGCCAAGUAUGAAGGCACCUGGAGCAACGGGCUGCAGGACGGCUAUGGCACGGAGACGUACUCAGAUGGAGGGACCUACCAGGGCCAGUGGGUCGGCGGCAUGCGCCAAGGCUACGGUGUGCGGCAGAGCGUCCCCUACGGCAUGGCGGCAGUCAUCCGCUCGCCCCUGAGGACAUCCAUCAACUCUCUGCGCAGCGAGCACACCAACGGCGCCGCGCUGCACCCCGACGCCUCCCCGGCAGUGGCCGGCAGCCCGGCCGUGUCCCGCGGGGGCUUUGUGCUUGUGGCCCACAGCGACUCCGACAUCCUCAAGAGCAAGAAGAAGGGGCUGUUCCGGCGCUCACUGCUGAGCGGGCUGAAGCUGCGCAAGUCCGAGUCCAAGAGCAGCCUGGCCAGCCAGCGCAGCAAACAGAGCUCGUUCCGCAGCGAGGCCGGCAUGAGCACGGUCAGCUCCACGGCCAGCGACAUCCACUCCACCAUCAGCCUGGGCGAGGGCGAGGCUGAACUGGCAGUCAUCGAGGACGACAUCGACGCCACCACCACCGAGACCUACGUGGGCGAGUGGAAGAGUGACAAGCGCUCGGGCUUCGGCGUCAGCCAGCGCUCGGACGGGCUCAAGUACGAGGGCGAGUGGGCCGGCAACCGGCGGCAUGGCUAUGGCUGCAUGACCUUCCCUGACGGCACCAAGGAGGAGGGCAAGUACAAGCAGAACGUUCUCGUCAGCGGCAAGCGCAAGAACCUCAUCCCGCUGCGCGCCAGCAAGAUCCGCGAGAAGGUGGACCGCGCGGUGGAGGCUGCCGAGCGGGCCGCCACCAUUGCCAAGCAGAAGGCGGAGAUCGCGGCCUCCAGGACCUCCCACUCCCGGGCCAAGGCUGAGGCCGCCCUCACUGCAGCACAGAAGGCCCAGGAGGAAGCACGCAUCGCCAGGAUCACUGCCAAAGAGUUCUCGCCUUCCUUCCAGCACCGGGAAAACGGGCUCGAGUACCAGCGGCCGAAGCACCCGAUUUCCAGCAGUGACAUCGAGGUGGCCUCCACGGGGACGCCCCUGCAGCAGGAGAGCCCCGAGCUGUACCGCAAAGGCACCACCCCCUCGGACCUGACCCCCGACGACAGCCCCCUGCAGAGCUUCCCCGCCAGUCCCACGGCCACCCCGCCCCCGGCCCCUGCCUCACGGAACAAGGUUGCCCACUUCUCCCGGCAGGUCUCGGUGGACGAGGAGCGAGGCGGGGACAUCCAGAUGCUCCUGGAGGGCCGGGGAGGGGACUAUGCCCGCAACAGCUGGGGUGAGGACAAGGCCGGCGGCGCCAGGGGCAUCCGCGGCAGCGCCUUCCGGAGUGGUCAGCCCGCGGAUGACUUCCGCUGCCGGGGCUCAGGCCACAAGCAGCCUAGCAACCCCAAGUCCCGGGAGCGGCGGACGGAGUCGCCCCCUACGUUCUCCUGGACUUCCCACCACCGGGCAGGCAAUCCUGGCUCCGGGGGCGCCAAGCUGCUAGAGCUGGAUGAGGAGAAGCUGAGCAACUACGAGAUGGAGAUGAAGCCUCUGCUGAGGAUGGAUGCGUACGUGCAGGAGGCACACCCCCAGAAGAGACGCUACAGCAAGGGGGCAGCCUGCCGGGGCCUGGGGGAGGACCACCGCGCUGACGACCGGGGCUUCGGGGCACAGAGACUGCGGUCCAAGUCCCAGAACAAGGACAGCGCCAGGCCGGCCCCCUGCAUGGAGCCCGCGGUACAGAGGCUGGAGAGCCUGCGGCUGGGGGACCGGGCUGAGCCCCGGCUGCUGCGCUGGGACUUGGCCUUCUCCCCGCCCCAGAAGUCCUCACCCGUGGCACUGGAGUCGGACGAGGAGAAUGGGGACGAGCUCAAGUCCAGCACGGGCUCGGCUCCCAUCCUGGUGGCCAUGGUGAUCUUGCUCAACAUCGGAGUCGCCAUUUUGUUUAUUAACUUUUUCAUCUGAUGAGAUGUAACGUUAGCAAAAACAACGGUUGGUGUACAGAAGGGACGUAACCCACGACAAAAGGGAAGGAUCAUAACUCGGACGGCCCGACAACCACUUCCGAGUCUUUUCACAGAACAACAUGAUUGGGUAUUACUCACAGUUUGCCUUUUUUUCUGGGUAAUGUUUUUUGGAUUUUAGCCAAAAUUCUUUGCUUGUAAACACGAUGCUGUGUGGCAUGGCAGAAGGAGGCCAGCACGCCGACCCUCCAGCUUGGUGUGGAAGGAAAGGGAUCCCAGCAAAUCAAUGGCCAAAAACUCAAACGGCCACGGUCCUCGCCGCCAUCACACCCCGCCUAGGACUGGAAAAGGAGGCAGCCGGAGGAAGACCC